AUGGGAAUUGUGGCUCUUCUCUCCGAAACAAUUGCCGCUGACAUAAACCGACCCGUGUCGGAAAACCUCGUCAAGUCGCUUGUGGACUUGUACAAGAGAAUGGAGUCAAAAGAGCGUUUUGCGCUCGCUUCGAGUGCCUUGGGCUUUUCGCAAGAGCUGUCUAACAGAAUCCACGUUUUGAUCCAGGAUAACUUCAAGGCUCUCGAGGCUGAGUUGGAGUCAUCGCCUGCUGCAGAUUCCCAUAUAGUUGCAACUUCAAGUGCCGCUCCUGAGACAACCACAAGUACAAGAAGCGAGUCGGAACGAAAACCAAAGCGACUCAAAGUAACAGUGGCAUUUGACGAAGAGGACGACGAUGUACUUCUAGCGCCAAAGAAAGAAAAGCCAGAGGUCAAGAAAAUAGCAUUCAAAAAGAUCAAGAAAGAAGAUGCCCGUCGUUUGAAGCAAGGUCCGCCUCGAGACAUUCACAGCGAUACUCAAACAGAUAUUCAAGCGGUAAGAAUUAACGACAUCCAGAAAGACACUACGUGGCCGAAAAAACGUACUCUUGCUGAACUAGCGCAGAAGGAAAGAGACGAAGACGAAGCAAGGCCCGAUUUGUUUGAUGAGUCCGAGUUUCGCCCAGAAGACAUUGAUGAUGUGGAAAACGACAGAGAAUGGUAUACGCAUGAAGAUUCCAGCUACGCAGCAGUGUCUCAGUAUACAGAUCUCGAGACAGAAAAGCCUAAAAGACGUCCUAAAACUCACUAUUCCUCUGCCAGAACAGGUGGAGCCUUUGACGAAUCCACGGGAGAAUACAUUGACUUUGACCAUGAGGACCUGUCUUCCAAUACGUACAUUUCUCUAAGUCCGCAUUUUCUAAUUCCCCCAUUUCUUGUGGGUUCUGAAGAUAGCUUACUUCUUCAAGUUGGGAAUCGAACGUCCCGAAAUCUAGGGCCCAGUGUGUCGCCGGUCUUAGAUCCCGCGUCCGAGUUGGCAAUUGCUGCCCGAACAGGCAGUUUUGUCGUGAAAGACAGAAAGGAGAAAAAGGAAAGAGCUCAACAGGCUCGGGACAGAUCCACAGGUGGAAAGUCUGCUCUUUCCAGUAUGCUAAAACCCUCCAAUGAAGGAGAGAAUUUGCUAGAAAAACCUGCCUCGAAAUCACACGAGGAAGAAAGAUAUACAUUUGAAGAGAUCCAAAACCAAAGAAAAACGUUACCAGCAUACGCUGUUCGAGAGGAUUUGAUGAGGAUGAUUGCCGAAAACCAAAUCGUGGUGGUGAUAGGUGAAACAGGUUCCGGUAAAACUACUCAACUUGCGCAGUUUUUGAGCGAUGCUGGAUACACUAAAAGCAUAGAUAAAGAUGGCUCUCGUCUCAUGGUUGGAUGCACGCAGCCUAGACGUGUUGCUGCCAUGUCGGUGGCUAAAAGAGUGUCCGAAGAAGUUGGAUGUAAGUUGGGCGAAGACGUUGGUUAUUCGAUUCGUUUUGAAGACAAAACGUCAUACACAAAAACACGAAUCAAGUAUUUGACUGAAGGUAUAUUGCUUCGUGAAAUGCUCACAGACCCAAACUUGGAUAGCUACUCUUGCAUAAUUAUGGACGAGGCACAUGAACGUUCUCUUAAUACAGAUAUAUUAUUGGGGCUUUUUCGUCAGUUGCUCCGUCGCAGAAGAGACCUCAAACUUAUUGUUACAAGUGCAACCAUGAAUGCUGACCGGUUCAGCAUCUUUUUCGGCAAUGCUCCGCAGUUUUUCAUUCCGGGAAGAACCUUCCCUGUUGAUGUUUUCUACUCUAAAACAGCAACGCCGGAUUAUGUGGAAACGGCAGUCAAGCAAGUCAUGACCAUUCAUUUGGGGAACCAGAAAAGUGAUGGCGAUAUCUUGGUGUUCAUGACAGGUCAAGAAGACAUUGAAGCUACAUGCGAACUAAUUAACGAAAAGCUUUCAAUGUUGGAAAAUCCUCCUCCUUUGGACGUUUAUCCCAUUUAUUCAUCGCUACCAGCUGAUCUCCAAAAGAAGAUUUUUAGCAAGCAAAACGCAGAACGUCGGAAAGUGGUGGUAGCCACCAACAUUGCUGAAACUUCGCUCACUGUUGAUGGAAUCAAGUACGUUGUUGAUUGUGGGCUUGUCAAGAUGAAACUAUUCAGCCCUAAAUUGGGAAUGGACACUUUACAAAUGGUGCCUAUAUCCUUCGCUAACGCACAACAGAGAAGCGGAAGAGCAGGAAGAACAGCGGCUGGUGUAGCAUACCGGCUCUAUACUGAAAAAGCGGCCAGUCCCGAACAAAUGCAUGUUCAGCCAAUUCCAGAGAUUCAAAGGGCAAAUCUCAGCUCAGUAAUGCUCAUGCUAAAAUCUUUGAAAGUGGACAGCGUUAUGAGCUUCCCCUUCUUGGAUCCUCCUCCCCAAGAUUUGCUAAGUUGUUCCUUGUAUGAUUUAUGGGCCAUGGGUGCGUUGGAUAAUAAUGGACACUUGACUGAUUUUGGAGCAAAACUCACAUCCUUUCCCAUGGAACCAACAUUGGCUAAACUUAUUUUGCUUUCUUGUCAGGAAGAGUUCCUGUGUUCUUCCGAGAUAGUGACGAUCGUGUCGAUGCUUUCUGUGCCAAAUGUCUUCUAUCGGCCGAAAGAAAGAGCGGACGAAGCUGACGCCAUGCGGGAAAAAUUCUUGGUAGCAGAGCUGGACCAUUUGACUCUACUCAAUGUGUACAACCAGUGGGAACAGCGGGCCCGCAUGCCCAACAUGAAUCUGCAAAAAUUGGCCUCGUGGAGCACAAGGAACUUUGUCCACCACAAGUCUCUUUUACGUGCCCGAGAUAUCCGCAAGCAAAUUUUGCUCAUCAUGGCAAAGAACAAGUAUCCGGUUCUCAAAGCCAGAGACGAUCGAGAUGUCAGACGUUGUCUUUGUGCAGCAUACUUCCAGCAGCUGGCAAAACUUUUGAGAUCUCAUGGGGGAGGAAGGGGUCAGGCAGAAUAUGCCAAUCUUCGUCAUCUCUACAUGAAGAUGUAUUUGCAUCCUACUUCCGCUUUGGCUGGUGGAACAGCUAUCAGCCCGCAGUAUGUUGUCUAUGAUGAGUUGGUACUCACUACAAAAGAGUAUAUGCAAUGUGCCACAGCGGUUGAACCAGAGUGGCUUUUGAAGUAUGGGUACAUUUUUUACGGUGUCAGUCCGAGUGUUCAAAAACGCAUUGAGAAGUCUGUCGACUUCAAAAUCUGGGAUAAAAAGGAGUUGGAGGAGUCCUUGAAGGUGCAGACUGAGACCAGUGAGAAAGCUGUUACUCGGCUGAAGCCCAGAUCCUUCAUGGCGAGACGAGGAUUGUAG